UAGACGUCAUAACACAAGAAGGAAGUUCUGCGAAGCAAAAUGAGGGCAGCAGCGGGAAACCAGUUUCACCAGGUUCCGCCUUUUCUCGUUCACUUCCGCCCUUCCCAGUUCCUGAGCAGACAGGUGGGGCCGCGUUCUGUCUGACAGGAAAGGGCGGGUCGCAGGGUUCCCCAAACUUCCGGCGCGCAGCAAGGCGGCCUCGCUAGUGGUUCUAAAGCGAGGCGCGCGAGCGGCUGGAUGAUGUCACGGAACGGGGGGGAAAAGAGGGCGGCACUCGAGUGGGUGCGCAUGCGCAAGAAGGUGCCUGCCCGACUGGAGGAGAGCAGGCUGAGAGGGUCUUUCCAGCGCAGGCGGGAUUUCCAGUGUUACUUGCGGCUGGGCGUUGGGGACUAGCUGCCUUUCUGGCAGCAGGCAGGAAGCCGCAAAAAGUUUCUGAGCCCGCGAACCUGUAGCGGACGUGGAAAAAGAACGUAUGCGCCUCCUCAAGUGUCUGGCUUAAAGAUGCCACCCAGGGAAGGGAACUCUGGCUAGCUAAGGAGGCCAUUCUUGAUGUUGCUUCUAGAUCUCAUGUCAUCACCGAGACCUCAGCUGCUGGUGGCAGCUGCUCAGCAGACCCUUGGCAUGGGAAAGAGACGGAGUCCACCCCAAGCCAUCUGCCUUCACUUAGCUGGAGAGGUGCUGGCUGUGGCCCGGGGACUGAAGCCAGCUGUGCUCUAUGAUUGCAACUAUGCAGGGGCAUCAGAGCUCCAGAGCUAUCUGGAGGAGCUGCAGGGGCUUGGCUUCCUGACCUUUGGACUUCACAUCCUUGAGAUUGGAGAAAACAGCCUGAUUGUCAGUCCUGAGCAUGUAUGUCAGCACUUGGAGCAGGUGCUGCUUGGUACCAUAGCCUUUGUGGAUGUUUCCAGUUGCCAGCCUCACCCUUCUGUCUGCUCCUUGGACCAACUUCAGGACUUGAAGGCCCUCGUGGCUGAGAUCAUCACACAUUUGCAGGGGCUGCAGAGGGACUUAUCUCCCUCUACAGUCUCCCACAGCAGGCUCCAUUCCUCAGACUGGAAUCUCUGUACUGUAUUUGGGAUCCUCCUGGGCUAUCCUGUCCCCUAUACCUUUCACCUGAACCAGGGAGAUGACAACUGCUUAGCUCUGACUCCACUACGAGUAUUCACUGCCCGGAUCUCAUGGUUGCUAGGUCGACCCCCAAUCCUGCUCUAUUCCUUUAGUGUCCCAGAGAGCUUGUUCCCAGGCCUGAGACACAUUCUAAACACCUGGGAGAAGGACCUCAGAACCCGUUUUAGGACUCAGAAUGACUUUGCUGAUCUCAGCAUCUCCUCUGAGAUAGUCACACUGCCGGCUGUGGCCCUCUGACUUUUACUCUCCUCUCACAUAGAAGGUACUCAGUAAAUGAUCAUCUCUAGGUUGGGGAUGGCAAAUAAUCAUCUCAACUGCCAAUUCCAAGUGUCUUGAGUACACUAAGGCACAAUGCUCUAAUCAGUUGGCUGCAAAUGCAAAGGGCAUGUAAAUAGGUAGUGGUGGUGCUAGUAGCAAAUUGGUAGAUAGUACCUACUUGCCAUUUCUAUGCUAGGAAGUCCUCUUAGUGGAUAUGCUUUCAUUUUCACUGGAUAAGAGGUAGAAGGAAAGAGGUGAUAGAGGAAAAGCAGGGUGGUGGAAGACAAGCCAAACACUCUUGCAUGGUAACCGUCUAAAUAUACCUGCUCUAUGUGGGUGCUGUCUGCUAGGAAAGUAGGGCUGGGGGUUUCUCUGCGUGUUUAUAUGCCUGCAACUGAAUUUGAGGAGAGUAGACCACCAGUAUGCUUAAAUAUGUGAUACUUGUUAAUGUAAUACACCUUUCAGGAAUAAACUGAGAGUUCUGAGGAACAGUCUGGUCAGGUGAAGUUUAUUUACACUAGGUUAAGAAAAUAACAAAAAGUCAGAAAUACUAAGUCAGUUGGAAAGCCCAAGCUGUAAUGUACCCAAACCUUCUGAGUUUUUUGUUGAGUUGCUUGCUUCUGAUUUUCACCCAAGACAGUUGUCACAAAUUAUUCAGAUCAUCAGGUUGUCUUUAUUGGCCAGGAACACUGCCAGUGCUGCAGCAAUCACCACCAUCAGCAUUGGGAGCCAUCGCCCACAUUGCCUCUGCAGAGGGACAGGGAGACAGAAGAAAGUGGCUAUGAGUUGACUGGAAAAGAUAUAGGCAAAAAUCUUUCUUCUUCCUACUCUAGCCCAGUAGAAAACCCUGGGUUAGUGGUGGAGAAAAAGCUUUUUACUCUGUCUCCCACUCUGUCACCUGUCUUGGGGUAAAACCACUUAACCAGUGUUCUCUGGCCCAGGGAGCCAUAUCCAUCAGGGACCAGAUAUAUAAAUACUGAUAUGAAUAAUGAAGGGUGGAAAAUAACUCAGCAAAAUUGUAUUCUUUGUUUGUAUUCCCCAGUACUUUUGUUGUCCUUCUAUUCUUGCCACCAUGCUUAUCAUAGGCUAAAAGAACACCCUUUCAUACUUUAGCUAAGAGUGAGUCUUUCCUUCUGGCAUUGAGAGUUCCAUGAAAGUUGGGCUUUGAUGCACGAGUCCAGUGUUUUUUCCAAUGGUUGCCAUAAUGUCAGUAUGUUAUAAACCAAGCACAGUGGGACAGGAUGGCCAGUUGUUGGCGUGGGCUGAUACAUUUUAUCUGCAAAUCUUGGUUAAGGAAGGAAUCAUCCCAUCAUCCAGGGCUUUAUGGGAAGGAGAGACCCUCUUACUCUGGGAGGCAGCUGCUGGCUCUGGUUCAGCUCUUCUCGACAGUGCUGCAGCUUACGCAGGCAGGAGAGAUACUCGUCACUGAGGUUGUCUAAUUCUGAAUGCAGUUCUCUGCACUGGGGAGAACGUCACCAAAGUCGUCACUGUCACUUCUGUCUAGGACAGAGCCCAGGUAGGGGAGACUGCCCUGUGUAAAUUUCACUCAUUUGGAAUUUUUACCACCAUCGUCCCUUCCCAGCCAUUCUCAGGGAUUUGAGUUUGUCUUUUGACUGUCUCACAUUGUCUGGAAUGUGUUCAUUUUAAAUGAUUGACAAUACUGCAUAUUAUAAUAUUACAUUUUAUACAUUUAAGUUCUUUUAUAUGACUUUACAUGCAAGUGCUUUGCAAAUGAGAGACACUGAAAAAUGAAGUUCUUAUAGCACAAACAACCUAGAAGUGACCUUAGUACAAGUUUCUUUCCCAGGAGCUAGUUGCAUAUGAAUACUUCUGGGGAUGUGUAUGUUUGUGAGUUGUACAAAGGAACAGUUUUACUCUUUAAAAGACAUAUAAAGACUUAAGAUACUCAAUGUGGGACGACAUAUUGAGAAAUUAAUAUUUUUAUUAAAUGUGUUUGAGUUUUGGUCGACUUUCUAAAAGGUAACCAGUUAAUAAAACCUUGAAUAGGAGCUGGUGUAUAUAAGGAAGGGAAAAGAUUGACAAGUCAGCCCAGAAGCACAGACACUUUAUGUAGGCAAAUGAAUAUCUGUGGGUAUCCAGUUACAGCCUAAACUUUGAAAUCCCUGCUCUUUGGCUGCCUCCCAGGUUUCUCUGCUAUUCUGCAGAUGAGCCAUCACUGUCUCAGGUCACCCUCUCACCUCCUUUUCCUUGGCCUGGAGCUGCAAAGUCUUCUUUUGCAGCUGGUCUCUGAGAUCCCAGUCUUUCUCCUUCCCUGUACCCUCAGGCUCCACUUCGUUAGGGAAGGACUUUGGACUCCACACGGGCAAAGCCUGAUCUAAAAAAGCAGCCAGAUUUCUUGGUGAUAGUGAGGCCCACACCUCUGAGGAAGGGCCCUGAGGGUGAGCCACUAGGAGUGGGGAGAGGGGAGGGAACUUGGGAGGACGUGCUCUUGGCUAGACUGAUGGCAUUCUUUGACAUAAAGGUUAACUUCCACUAGGCCCCUGCUAAGCUUGGACAGACAGCUGGAAUCUGAGCUCCUUGAGGACAAGAUUGGCAUCUUUUCUUUGUAUCCCCAGUCUUAUCUAGUGCUAGAUAAUUUUAGUGAAUACUUAUUAAUUGAAUUUCAUUGGUUGUAUGUCACAUUCUUCCUAGUUUGUCAGAUAAGUUUGGUGGAUGCUUUAAUAUAACCCCUUUUCCCUGAUGUCCUCAUUUGAAAGUUGUGAAGAUGGCAGUCAUAUCCUAAAAUUUAUCUUCAUAUGGUUAAAGAUGGUUUUUUAGCCACCCUGCAGUCUUAGUCUUGGUGAAAAGAGCAUGGACUAGGAGUCAGAAGUUUUGGAUUGUUGUAGCUGUGUUGUUAGUCUGUGCCACCAUAGACCUUCAUGUUCUUAUCCAUACUAUGUGGGCAUUAACAUUUCUGCAUUAUCUAUUAUAUUAUGCCCAGUGAUUGUGAGGAGAAAACAAAAGGUCAUGUGUAGUGGACAGGUGAGGAGCUAUUGCCCCUCUGUAUACACAGUGAAUUCUCAGUAAACAUGGACAGUAGACUCUCUACGGCUAAGAGUGAGUUGACUCUGGCAUGCUAUGUGGUUUGGGGCUGGGAAGUUGGAUGUGAUUUGGAAAAUCAAGUGUGUAAAAAUUGACAUGAAAUCCUGAGUUCAAAAUAAAUUUAUUGAAAUGUUCAACACAAACAUGUGCUUUCAGAGAGAACAGAAACCUUUUUUCACAGUUUAUAUACCUCAGGAUAGAAGGCUAACUAGUUGAAGUGUCCUCAGAGCCAAUGAUCAGUCCUUAAAAAGCUCCCACACAUCCCGGACUUAACAGACUCUCAGAACUGGGCGGGACUCCAGGAGGUCAUGUAGUCCAUCCCGCUGCCUCUAGGCAGGUAAGGGAAGGGCAGUGUCUUAGAAUUUGUGGUUAAUAAAUUUGCUGACCUUUCUUUGUUAAGAGUUUCUCCUGUUCUUGAAGCUGUAAGGAUUGAUUCUGAAGCAGACCUGUUGGAAAACACAAGGAACUUGUCUAUGCUAGCAUAUUUACUACAAAGAGUUUCUUUUCAGAACUUUGCCUAGAACCUUAGUUAUUAAAUAUGUUCCCAUCUGCUAUGUGUUGAAUUUUGUCCCCCAGAAUCUAUAUGUUGAAGUCCUAACCCUCAGUACCUUAAAUUAUGACCUUAUUUGGGGAUAGGUUCUUUAAAAGAUAAUCAAAUUAAAAUGGGGUCAUUCAGGUGGGCCCUAAUCUAAUAUCACUGGUGUCGUUAUAAGAAGGAGAAAUAUGGACACAGAUAUGUUCAUGGGAAAGACACAGAGAGAAGACGGCCAUCUACAAAGCCAAGGAAAGAGCCCUGGAAUAGAUCUUUCCCUAAAUGCCCUCAGAAGGAAACACCCCUGCUGACAUCUUGGAUUUCUAGUCUCCAGAACUGUGAGACAAUACAUUUCUGUUCUUCAAGGCACCCAGUCUGUGGUACUUUGCUAUGAAUAUAGCAUCCUUAUUUCUCCCCCUACCAUGUCUCUAUCUUCAAGUCUUUGCUUGAAGACUUUCCCUUUCCCCUGCGGUUGCUUUGCUCUCUUAAUAAUCAUUGCUGUUUGCAUGAAGCUUCUCUAUCAGGUGUCAGAGGUUAAAGUGGUGGGCAACCAGCAGCGGUAUUAAUUGAGUCAGGUUCUCCAGCUUUUCAGAAACUGCUUUUCUUCUGAAAAAUCCCUUUUCCUCUUUGGGCCCAAUAUGUAGUUUUGAAGUGGACUGAAGCACGUAUAGUGUGUAAGCUUAUUUUCUAAACCAUCUCUAGUGACAGGUCUCUGUGACACAUUCAUGUACUUAUAAAUUACAACAUAUAAAAUAAGAGCUGCUUUAGGAAACCCAGUACUUAAAAUAAAAUCUGCAAUUCUGGGGGAAAUGUAAGUGGUGUCAUUGGCAUGGAAGGAGAAAAGUAGAAAAAAAAGAACAGAGGCUAAUACAUAAUUUAUGGAGAGCUAUGUAAAUGACCUCACUUCACAAGAAGAGGGUCUGAAAAUGCACAGAGUUAGAGCAUAUGCCAAAGACUGGGCCCUUAGUCCCUACUCUGGGUGCCUUUUAUGGGCCAGGAGCCCCAGGAAAACCCUGUGGACUUUCAGAAUCUGGAAAGCGAACUUACUCUGCAACUGCUGUACUCUGGUCACCAGGGUGAGCUUCUCCGCCUCUGACUUUUUUAGUUGAUCUGAAAAUGCAAUAAUGCAAGCCAAAAUAAAGGAACCCAAGACUUAAUGAACUCAGUACUUAAGGAUGGAAAUUAGUAAUAGAUGCUGUCUUGUCGUGGCCUCUAACAUGUGUCUUUUGGAAGUUGUGUCCAGUUCUGAAGAGGUAAACCAGAAGCCAAGUACCUCAGGUUUUGUGCAUCAACAAUGUUGGGUUGCAUUGAGGCUUGUAUUUACACACUAUCUAGUCCUCGGACGCAGAGGCUGUGACUGAGAGACUUUCUCUAUGCCUUGUGCUUCAACUGGCCUUUCCCUUUCAAAUUAGGAAUGUGGCCUUGACAUAUGUGACUGAUGUGGGAGCAGCUGUGAUCUGGCCCAGAGGGAUGGGCUAAAAAAGAGAGCUAGACAAAAGGAUACUCUAUCUGGUAUAGUGAAAUUAAUUUUCAAUUUUGGAUGAUUAAAACAGCCCUGCCUCUCCCUCAAGGUAAAAUGAGAUUACAAAGCCAAUCAACCAAUCAAGCAAACAAAUAAAAGACUGAAGCCUUUCUCUUAACUCAGUUUCUUUUUUCUUAGCUCACUUGGCCAUGGCUCCCAUGCGCCCAAAGCCUCCAAGGAGAAGAGUACCUUGUAGGUCCUGGGUAUCCAAGCUGCACAGGUCUCUGUCCCCUUGCAGGCAUUCAAUCUUGGCCUGCAGUUCCUGGUGCUCAUUCUCCAAAAAUUGCAGGGCCUGGUUCAUCUGUAAGUCUCUGCUAUCUGCUCCCUGUAAGGAGGAGGAGGGGCCAUAUAGAAGGAGGUCAGUGUUGGGGUGGAGGUUGGGGGCAGAUACCAUGAAAGAGGAAAAUAUAGAAAAUUCUGGAGUUUUAGAGAUAGAAGGAAUGUUAGGUAGAUGAGAAAAUAGAGAAGUCUUUCUUUUUUCCUAUUCUUCCCUUUGCUUUGUUCCUCACAUUUAUAACAGCAAAUUAGACUUGAUAUUCACAAGGAACUCGUGUCUUUUAUUUAUUUAUUUUUAUUUUUAGAGAUGGGGUCUCACUUUGUCACCCAGACUGGAGUGCAGUGGUGCCAUCAUAGCUCACUGCAGCCUUGACCUCUUGGGCUCAAGCAAUCCUCCCACCUUAGCCUUCUGAGUAACUGGGACUAUAGGCAUGUGCCAGUAGUUUUGAAGUGGACUGAGGCAUGUGUAGUGUAAGUUUAUUUUCUAAACCAUCUCUAGUGACAGGUCUAAGUGACACAUUCAUGUACAUAAAUUAGAAUAUAUAAAAUAAGAAUUGCUUUAGGAAACCCAGUACUUUAAAAAAUCUGCCAUUCUAGGGGAAAUGUAAGUGGUUGUCAUUGGCAUGGGAGUCAUGUCUUGACACUUUGGUAAAUCACCAAAUUAAGGAAUACGAAGUCAUCAGUUUUCUAGAUGUUUUCAUUUUCUCUUUUAUUCUUCCUCUGGCAGUAUCAAUUUUUUUUUUGUUAGGGUCUUUUUUUUUCCACAAAGAUUCAAAGUUAAACCCCCUCCCCCCAAAAUCUUCAUAGGAGUUGCCUUAUAGGUGAUGGGAAGAAGAGAACAGCAAAGGUUGAGAUGUGGAUACCACGCAGAGUGACCAGCUAGGUUCACUCCUUUGAUAAGACUCACAUACUCUGUCUCUUAAGUGGGCUGUUCUGAGCCCUGUUUCAGGAAAAUUAUAAAGAUCAGCUUUUGAGGUGGAUCCUCAAAACUCCAAACCAAGUAAAUAAAUCUAUGCAAAAUAAUGGCUAAUAUUUACUGAGUGCUUUUAUAUGCCAGGCAUUGUGCUAAGUACUUUACAUGGAUCAUCUUACUUAAUACUCAGAACAACCUUAUGAUGUAAGUACUAUUAUCCUCAUUUUACAGAUGGGGAAACUGAGUCUUAGGACAGAUUGAAGAUGAUGGAACCCUUGAGGAUGCCAGGAGUCUAAUUGUAAUUGCUUAAAAAACACAUUGGCAAAAAGUGUUAGUACUCACCUGUAAAUAAAUUAGUGACAUUUUUUCUGUGCCAACAGUGGGCAAUUCUGAACUGGAUGCUUUUUUGGGAUGGAGUUUGGAGAGUGGGUUGGGAUAUGACAUUAGUAGGCUGAUGUAUAUUCCAGCCAGUUCUUUUCAUUUGGAUGGUGAUGGUGUCAUUCCAAUGAACGCUUAGUUCAUUUGCAUGAGCAGUGCAGACAUCCUUGCUAAACUCAAAAUUAAAUUUCAGAGCCAAAACAGUGAAUUUGGUACAAAGUAGGUGGUGACUGAGGAACUGAAAGCCAGAUGCUGUCAGCUGCCUUUGGAGUCCCUAAUCCAGAACAGCUUCUUCAUCACCACCCCUCCUCCCCAUACCCUGUCUUCCCUCCCCACCCCCAGUGCCUGGUACCUGCAGUUUGGACUGAAGCACGUUGAGCUGGCUCUCCAGCUCUCUGUGCUGGGACCCAAGGGUCCUCCAGUCCUCCUUCAGAGCCUCGUACUGGCUCCUCCACUCUUCACACUUCUGCUCUGCCAGGGCCAGGGAUCGCUGAGGGAGGUCAGAGAGGAGAGGGUUCCAGGGAGCUGUGCAGCUGGCUCCCUUGUUCCCCAAGCUGCCUGGAGUCCCCAACCCCAAGGUCUGUGUGGCAUCCCCAUACCUGUGUGCUCUGUAGUUGCUGCUCUGCAUUCAUUUUCUCCUCCAGCACUUUCUGCAGUGACUCCUUGGCCUUCUGCUCAUAGCUGUUUUUCUGGUCUUCCAUCUCCAGUAGUACUUUUUUCAUUCCCCAAGGGGAGUAUUUCUGUAAAUUUGAUGCAAUUCAACAAAUACACAUUGAACUUCUGUGUGCCAAAUCCUGAACUGGGAUACAGAAAUGAAAAGAAGUUGGUUCUUCCCCCAGGCAGAGAUACCAGUAAUCUAGUGAGCCUUUUCUUUUAGGGUAGAGCUAGCAGGGAGAGUCCGUCAGGCAAUGAGAGAUGAGUGGGGGGGGGGGGGG